AUGGCACGCCUCGCCAUCCUCGCCUUGGUUCUAUGCCUACUCACAAUAGCCAGCACAACAGACAUCCAAGCUGGCUCAAUCGAAUUCUUCUCCGACGAUGACUGUACCAAGAGUCUUCUAACAAAGCCAAACAACAUCCCUCGGGAUCAAUGCCUCCUCGCAUCCCCUGAUCAGCCAGGCAGGGCCUUUCUCGUCAAGGAGAAGCCCUACUGCGCUGAUGGAACCCGGCCAUCGCUUCUGCUCUACCAAGACUGUGGUUGCACGGAUGGAGUUGCAAAUUACAUCCCGAAUGCGCGGUACGGAGAUUACGGAAACGGUUCUUGUACGCCUCUUCUCGGCGGGGACUUUGUCAUGUUUGUCUUGGACUGUGGAGAGUUUAAACGCCCUAUACGGUCGAGAAUCGAGUUUUCAGCAACGUUUCCUUCGGACAGUACAUCGACGAGGCAAGCUUGCAGCAUGGGAAGUACUUCGGCUACAGCUACGGGGGGGAAUACCGCUGCAGAGACGACCUCGGCCUCAGGAUCCGGUGUUGGUGGUAUGAUUACGGGUAUGACGGGGAAUGUAGGGUCUUCUGGGGCGCAACAAACGACUGCGUCGACGACUACGUCUGGGGGCUCAAGUGGGAGCGGUUUUGAGGUGGGAGUUGCGGUUAGUUUGGUGUUUGCUGCUUUGGGAUUGAUUGUACUGUAG